GUAGUCGGAGAGGAGAGAGCGGCUACAGCGACCGACACAUCAAGCGUUAGCGAGCGAUCUCUGCAAUUAUUUGACUAGAAUGCAGUGAGAUGGGAUGACGGUAUUCAUUGUCUUGGUCUGUCCAAGAUGACUCGACGGGAUCGUACCGACUGAUCCGCUCACACGACUUGAAAAUUUAUUUUUCGCACGACCCGACGUCGUGCAUAAUGAUAGACCUUGGAAGACGACUCACCAGACCGCUUCCCUCCUCUCGUGUGUACUCCAGGCAUCUCUGCCUCCUAUGGACGGUAGUUGACUCGUACAGACAGGUUGCCAAGUGUUCGUUGAGGUCGUGUGAAUUGAGAUGGCACGCAAGAUGUGUCGAAUAGCCGCAAGAUGCCAGUGUAUGUGUGUGUGUCUGCAAUCUGAUCCAAAAUGGGAUUCAGUGACACAAGCGAUAUGCGUUCUCCUCCACGGUCGCCAGUGCAGCUUCACUGGCUUUGAAUACUUGACAGGCAGCUCUGAACGAAUGAGUGAAUGGAUAUGAAUUGAGACAAUGGAUGAACUUGAGCCAGACUCGAAAAGAGGAGAG